ACCUGGAGGGGGCAGGGAGAGAGGAAGGUCUGGCUGAAUAAGGUGACGGACGCGGGGUGGGGGGGCAACCGUGGUAUCCUUCCCCCUGCCCCUCGCCCGCGUGAGUGCCUGGGUCCUUCAGCCGCCGCCGCAUCUCUGCCUCCGUCCCCAACUCGGAGCUUGCAGCUUUCGUUUUCCUGUGGGGCGAGAGGCCGCCGGGCCUGCUCUCCGUCUCUCUCUUUCAACGCCAUCCUCCCGUCUUCACCCGGCAGGGCCGAGGAGCAUCUCGGGUCUCCGGUGAAAAUCGGGAACCUGGACCACCCCCUCGGCGGCUUGGGCCCGAAGCCUUCAGUCCGGGGGGAAUUCUCCUCCACCCUUUCUCUCCCCCCCCCGCCCCCCGCGCGCCUUAAUUCUGCCCCACAGACAAUAAAAGAAUUCUAAUGGGUGCACUAUUCUGAAAUUCGGUUUUGCUGGAUGCCAUUAUGGAUGAACAGCAAGCUUUGAAUUCAAUCAUGCAGGAUUUGGCAGUUCUUCAUAAGGCAAGUCGUCCUGCUUUGCCGCUUCAAGAAAUGGGAAAGGGAAAGUUAACUUCACCCAAAAAGCAGAAUGAUGUACGAGUCAAAUUUGAACAUCGAGGAGAAAAAAGAAUCCUACAGUUUUCUAGACCUAUCAAGCUAGAAGAUCUUGCAUCAAAAGCUAAAGUUGCCUUUGGACAGUCCAUGAAUUUGUAUUACAGCAAUAAUGAGCUGGUAAUUCCAUUAGCUAUCCAGGAUGAUCUGGACAAAGCUGUGGAGCUCCUUGAUCGCAGUGUUCACAUGAAGAGCCUCAAGAUACUGCUUGUUGCUCAUGGAAACACACAGAAUAACAUGGAUCCCUUGUCAUCGUUAGAAGAUUUGGAUAAUACAGUUUUCAGAGUAACAGAAAAGAAAAACAGGAAUUCUGUAAUAGGCUAUACUCGUGACAGCAGUUCUCCACCUCCAGGAUACAUUCCAGAUGAUCAUGUGGCACGGAAUGGAUCUUUCACUAGUAUCAACAGUGAGGGCGAGUUCAUUCCAGAAAAAGACUUAAUGUUGGAUCCAUUAUCACUGAGUAGCCCUGAAAAUUCUGGCUCAGGGAGUUGCCCUUCACUUGAUAGCCCUUUAGAUGGAGAGAACUACCCUAAGUCCCGGAUGCCCAGAGCUCAGAGCUAUCCUGAUAACCAUCAAGAAUUCUCUGAUUAUGACCUCCCAGUAUUUGAAAAGUUUGUCAAAGGUGGAACUUAUCCUCGGUAUCAUAUUUCAUACCAACAUCAAGAAUACAAUGAUGGUCGUAAAACUUUUCCAAGAGUUAGAAGGACCCAAGGAAACUGCUUACGCACUCCAGUAAGUUUCAGUCCAACUGAUUAUUCAUUGAGCACAAGCAGUGGGAGCAGCAUUUUCACUCCAGAAUAUGAAGAUGGACGAAUGCGGAGAAGAGGAAGUGAUAUAGAAAAUCCUACCUUGACAGUAGUGGACAUCAGUCCUCCCAGCCGCUCCCCACGUGCUCCAACUAAUUGGGUACUUGGUAAACCACUUGGCCAAGGUGCAUUUGGUAGAGUUUAUCUAUGCUAUGAUGCAGACACAGGACGAGAACUAGCUGUAAAACAAGUUGAGUUUGAUCCUGACAGCCCAGAGACGAGUAAGGAAGUAAAUGCCCUUGAAUGUGAGAUUCAGCUUCUGAAAAAUCUGCUACAUGAAAGAAUUGUUCAGUAUUACGGUUGCUUAAGGGACCAUCCGGAAGGAACACUUUCUAUAUUCAUGGAAUAUAUGCCAGGGGGCUCAAUUAAAGAUCAGUUGAAGGCAUAUGGUGCUCUCACAGAGAAUGUGACUCGGAAGUAUACUCGCCAGAUCCUGGAAGGAGUUCACUAUUUGCACAGUAACAUGAUUGUACAUAGAGAUAUUAAAGGAGCAAAUAUUCUUCGUGACUCUGCAGGCAAUGUUAAGUUGGGUGAUUUUGGUGCCAGCAAACGGCUUCAAACAAUUUGUCUAUCUGGUACCGGAAUGAAGUCUGCUACAGGAACUCCAUACUGGAUGAGUCCAGAAGUGAUUAGUGGGGAAGGAUACGGAAGAAAAGCAGAUAUUUGGAGUGUAGGCUGUACAGUUGUUGAAAUGCUUACUGAGAAGCCACCUUGGGCAGAAUUUGAAGCAAUGGCUGCCAUUUUUAAAAUUGCCACACAGCCAACCAAUCCCCAGCUGCCACCUCACGUCUCAGACCACGGUCGGGAUUUUCUAAAGCGGAUAUUUACUGAGGCUAAGUUGCGACCAUCUGCAGAUGAACUGCUGAGACAUACAUUUGCACAUUAUCACUGAUGGCCUGCCUCAAUCCCUCUCACCUACUGCAUUUUUUACUGCACUUUUUUUUAUACAGAGUUGAAAAAAGACAAGGGAGAAAUUAUUUCUCUUGAUUCUUUCUUUCAUAUAAAAUUGUUAAGAUCUCUCUGCAUAUUUAGAAUGCAGAUUUUUUCCCAUUUAGAAUCUCUUUUGUUUCAGUAAUGUACUGAUGUGGUUUGCAUAAAGCACUUUAGUACAUAUUCAUUCCUUAUUUAAAGGGGUAAAGAAUUUAUUUGGACCAUCAGGAAUCAUGUAUAAGAUUUUCCCCAUCCCUAUUUCCUGGCAAGCACUGCUAAUUAACUCCCAAGGCUGGGAAGGUAUACAUGUCACUAGCAGAUUCAGAAAAGCAGUAUAUAUCCAGUGGUUGCAGUGUAUAAAUAGAUAACAAAGAGCUCUCAAUUAUAUUUGAGCUUUGAAAUAAGUUUCAUCUGUGAUUCUGGAAAUUCAUUUAGAAGCUAGAAUCUCAGGUUGCUGAGCAAGGUACUUUUUGGAAAAUAAACCAUCAUAUUAGCACAAAAAUGUAAACCAAAUAAGUGUUCUGCUUUGAAAGAUAAGAAGCCUGUUGUUUAAUAGUGCUAGUGCAUUAAUGUUGUAUAUCCAGAAUCAUAGAUAAACAGUUUGCUAUAGUAUCAGACUUCUCUAAAGUUAAACAAUGCCCACAUAUCAUGCAACAUACUGAUUUUCAGGGUUGGAAACAGAGUUGAUCUGUGAGGAGUCUCUAAUGGGUAAAAUGAAGUUUAUUUCGUGCAGCAUAAUUCUGUUCAUAUUAAGAAUAUGUUCCAUAUUCUUUCUUCUGUCCCAAUUAUUCUUCUGAUUCCCUAAAAUAUUUUAUAAGAUCCAGGUUUUUUUUUCUAUUAGUUUUAUCAUAAAAUACUUAAGGUAGAAUUGGCAGGAGUGUCAAAAAUAUAGUUUUUCCUUCUGUUGCUGCUGAACUGAAUUUUGUGUCUGAGAUGCAUAUUUUAUUUGUCAAACCUCCUUUGCAUAAUCUGACUAACUUGCACUGGGUUGGCUGCGUAGAAUUAACUUUGCGGGUUGCAAAUGCCUUACUAAUUUGCAUUGGAAAAGCAAGUUUGGUAGAAUGAGAUCUGGAAGCUCCCAUGUGUAUCUAUACUAUAUAAUUCAGUUACAGAUGAAGAAGAAGGAAUACGUAAUACAGAUAGAAAAAAAAAGACCUUUUUACUCCCAAUUGUUUUUUUAAUGUAUUUAUUUAGAUAUUUUACUUUUGAUUUAAAUAAUAAUAAAGGAAUAAUCAGAUUUGGGAUUAUUGUCCCAAUAGUUUCAACCCAUAUUUGGACAUCUUAAUACAAUAGGACUGUAGAAUGUAUGUUUGCUGACUGACCCUUUAGGAUAUGUCUAGCACCAAACAAUAAAAGUAAUUGGAAAAUGGGAAAGAUGCUUCCAUUUUUCAGAAGUAAACAUUACUAUUAAUUGUUGUAAACAUUACUAUUGUUUCCUAGGUUUUCUGCAAAAUGUCCAAAGCAAGUCAAAUUGUACAAAGAUAGAUACUAUAAUAAUGCUAUUAAAUCUGACCAACAAUUACAUAUAAAACAUAAGUUAC